CACCAACUGGUGCCAGUACAGACCUGGCAUUGCACGUUACAUGCCUGAAGAUCUUGACCCAUGCCUAUGUACUCAUGUCAUCUAUGCAUUUGCGGGCAUGACUAACAACUACCAGGUCCAGACCAUUGAUCCGAAUGAUGUUGCUCUCUAUGGUGGCAUCAAUGGACUCAAAAGCUACAAUCCUGAUCUGAAAACCUUGCUCUCUGUUGGAGGCUGGAACUUUGGUACCCAGAAGUUUUCUGACAUGGUUUCAUCUGCUCAAAAUCGCCAGGCAUUCAUUCAGUCUGCUAUUUCCUUCUUACGCAAGUACGACUUUGAUGGGUUGGACAUUGACUGGGAGUACCCUGGCAAUCGUGGCAGCCCUGCUGAUACCCAACAACUUUUCACUGUCUUGCUCCAGGAGAUGUAUGAAGCCUUUGAACAGGAGGCAUCUCAAACCAACAAGCCCAGACUGUUGAUUUCUGCAGCUGUGUCUGCUGGUGUGGGCACCAUUGAAACUGCAUACCAGAUCCCACAGAUGUCCAAGUACAUGGACCUGAUUAAUGUGAUGACCUAUGAUCUCAGAGGAUCCUGGGAAGGUUUCACUGGUGAAAACAGCCCUCUGUAUGCAGGGCCUGAAGACCAAGGCUCCUACAUUUAUUUCAAUGUGGACUAUGCCAUGAACUACUGGAAGAAAAAUGGUGCACCGGCUGAAAAGCUGAUGGUGGGAUUUGGAGCCUAUGCCCGCACUUUCACCCUCUCCAACCCCUCUAACCAUGGCCUGGAUGCGCCAACUGCUGGGCCAGGUAAAGGUGGUGCCUACACUCAAGCAGCUGGGACACUGGCAUACUUUGAGGUCUGUACCUUCUUGAAGAGCGGUGCCACUGUUGUAUGGAAUGCUCCCCAGGAAGUGCCUUAUGCCUAUAAAGGAAACCAGUGGAUUGGUUAUGAUAACCCCAAAAGUUUUGCCAUCAAGGCUAAGUGGCUGCUGGAGAAUAACUUUGGUGGAGCCAUGGUAUGGGCUAUUGAUCUGGAUGACUUCACUGGUGCAUUCUGUGGGGAAGGCAAAUACCCACUAAUGAAUUCCUUGAAAUCUGCAUUGGGAGUGACCACACCAAACUGCAAGGUGCCAACCACCACCCUUGGGACCAAUGCCAAUGGUCAACCUGCCCAGCCUCCCACAGCAGCUCCAUCUUCAGGUGGCAGUGGAAGCUCUGGGGGAAGUGGAGGUAGUGGAGGUAGCAGUGGUGGGGCCUUCUGCAACGGGAAGUCCAGUGGCCUCUAUGCAGAUCCUACCAACAAGAAUGCCUUCUACCACUGCGUGAAUGGAGAGACAUACCUGCAAUAUUGUCAGAGUGGCCUUGUAUUCGACUCCAGUUGUUCCUGUUGCAAUUGGGCUUGAACAGAACAGCAAUCAUAUACACAUGCACUCCACUGGAGUAGAGGAGGAAGACAAUUUUCAGCAUCAUAAAUAAAAUUGGUUGCAUUUAA